AUGAACCGGUAUCUUAUGCUGCAGCAGCUCGGUGACGGUACGUACGGGUCAGUUGUGCUAGCGCAACGCAGAGAUACUGGAGAAAAGGUGGCUAUCAAACGCAUGAAACGAAAGUAUUACUCUUGGGACGAAGCUAUGAACCUUCGCGAGGUUAAAUCUUUAAAGAAACUGAAUCACGCGAAUAUUGUGAAACUGCGCGAGGUUAUCAGAGAGAAUGAUACACUGUACUUCGUAUUCGAGUAUAUGCGUGGUAAUUUGUACCAGCUUAUUCGAGAUUCCGAGCGGCCAUUUCCAGAACCGGCGCUACGCAACAUCACAUUCCAAGUACUACAGGGGCUUGCUCAUAUGCAUCGCCAUGGCUUCUUUCACCGCGACCUAAAACCCGAGAAUUUACUUUGCGCCGGUCCUGACCUCGUCAAAAUAGCCGAUCUUGGACUAGCAAGAGAGACUCGUUCUCGUCCACCUUACACCGAAUAUGUGUCUACCCGCUGGUACCGGGCGCCGGAAGUACUGCUCCGCGAUCCCCACUAUGGAGCGCCUAUAGAUCUUUGGGCGCUGGGGUGUAUUAUCGCCGAGUUAUAUACAAGCCGCCCGUUGUUGCCUGGGAAUUCGGAAAUUGACCAACUACAUAAAAUGUGCGCAGUACUAGGAACACCGAACUGGCCCGAAGGUCAUGCCCUAGCAGCAUCGCUGCGCAUACGGUUGCCGGCAAGUACGGGCAUUCCGCUGGCACGUGCCGUGCCCCGUGCCUCCGCUGCAGCACUAGCGCUGCUCGCUGCACUUCUGCGCUUCCCACCCGGAGAACGCCCAACCGCCACUCAGGCACUCAGAUAUCCUUAUUUUGCCGUAGGCACUGCCUUAGUACUGGGACCACCGGCUACACAACCUAGAAGGAGCAAUCACUAUGAAGACGAGAAAAUAGCCCCGUCGGCGGUCCUCGAUAUGGAACCAUCCCGCGAAACGGGUCCAACUACACGAGGAUACGUUGCGAACACAUACUAUGAUCAAUUUGCGCAUGUGUUAGGAGGAAAAUUGGUGAAAAGUGGCGGACGUGAUGCGGCAGUUAGUGGAGCUGGAACUACCAUGGAAACGGAGCGAGCAGCAUGUGCGUAUUUUGGAGCCACACGGUAUGUCACUGGAACUCGGGUCGAUACCUCCUUCUUCCGCAAUCUACCAUUACAGUCGCUAAAAGAGGCUGCGGCGUUAGGAAGCAAUCCAACACGAGUGGACUGGGCCGCCAAAUACUUGCGAUGA